AUGGCGGAAUCUCCCAGCAGUGGAGACGAACUUCCAGCCCGAUCCCAAACAGUUUCGGCGCUGUUUCCCGUAGCGGGGGCAGAAAAAACAGUUCCUACAGAAGGAAAAGGAGGUCUCUUCGCUGCGUAUCAACCUGAACAGGCGCUGCCGUCUUCAACCGCUGGACGUCUGGACUGGUUGGAGAACACAAGUUUCCCCCAGGAACAUGUGGCAGAGUUAUGGAAGCUGCAGGGCCAGAGGUCAGCUGAAGACACCAGGUCCUCCAGUAGCGAGACUGAGGACAGUGGAGAUGACGACGAGCCUCAACUCCUGAAGACAGUCAAAACCAAGCCUCAGGGCAGCAGCAGCCCCAGCAGUGAGGAGGAGGAGGAUGGGAGGACGGGCAAGGCCAGUUACCAUGGCAACAGCUACCGUGGCAACAGUUACCAUGAAAACAGGAGUAACCAUGGCAACCGGAGGACUGCGAAUGACAGCAGCAGAAGGCGAAACGGAGACUCGGAGGAAGAGGAUUCAGAGGGCAGGUCACGUCGGCACAAGAAAUCCAGACAUAAACAUAGGCACAGACAUCACAAACACAAGCACAAACACAAGAAGCACAAGUCGAGCUCCAGGGACAAAGAUUCAUCAGAGAAAACUGCAGUUUCUGGUGAUAAAGAGCCUGUAAAGACGACCACUAGUUCUCCCUUGGCUGCCUCCGCCAUCUUUAUUGAGGAUGCCGGCCUGAAGCCGGAGGUUGCCUUCCGGUUGGACAAGAGGCCGGACAGGGAGAACCUGGCGUACGGCUCGCUGUACCGCCUGCAGCUGGCGAACUACCGGCGGCUCGGGCAGUCGUGUCUGGGCCUGGGGAGGGGGCAGGCGGUAAAAUGGAGCGAAAAGUCUGGAAAGGCGGGCAGGAAGAGAAAGCGAGAACACGACACGCGAUACUGCAGCGAGAGGGAAGCGGGAAGAGUACUGAACGACAAGGUAACGAGAGUGGAGGUGGUAAACAGGACCGGCCAGGGGAAACCUCAGCCUGGGGGUCAGAGUUCACACUACAUCCCUCUGGAUAGGUCAUCAGAAGGGGUCAAAGGUUCUAGGGUAGGGAUCAAAGGUCAGCCUGCCUACGCCGCGCCCACACAGGUGUACAUCCGAGGACAGGUCUGGGCAGGUGAGACUCCAGCCAAGCAGGAACAGGGGGGAGCGGAGGAGGAACAGGAGGAUAAGGAGGGAGAGACGUCAGAAGAAAGUAUCUGCAGGCUCACAACUGAGUACAACCGGAUACUCAGGGAAAACCCACACAACGUGCAGACGUGGUUGGACUUUGUCGACUUCCAGGACAGAGUGAUGCAGCACGGACCUGUGACAGCGUUCUCAGAAUCAGAGCGGGAGAAACGUAAGAAGACUUCGUUAGCGUUGAUGGAGAAGAAGGUGGCCAUCUUGGAGCGAGCGAUCAAGGCGAACCCUUCUAACCCAAGAUUGACACUUCAGCAUCUCAAGUUGUGCAGGGAAUUCUGGGACAACAAGAAGCUGACCAACCGGUGGAAAGAGUUUGCGUUCAAAUUUCCAAACGACCCGUCAGUGUUGCGGGAAUACCUGCUGUUUUCCCAGUCUCACUUCGGCACAUUCACGACGUCCAAGGUGCACAGUUUGUACGGGAAGUGCAUCAGCAGACUGAGAGCCAUUCUAGAUGGAACGUUCAAGUCCCACAGGCCUCUACCUCACACAGAGGAACAGUUGCUGGAGCUGUUUGUUCAGCAGUGCCACUUCCUGAAGCAGGCCGGGCAUGUGGAGAAGGCCAUGUCCUCCUACCAGGCACUGGUUGAGUUCACCUGCUUCCGCCCUGCCUCCGUGGCAGAAAACACACCUGUGGCUGGACAGGUUGAGUUCUUUGAGCCGUUUUGGGACAGCAACGCAGCGAGGGUUGGCGAGGAAGGCGCCCGGGGCUGGGGGGCGUGGCAGGAGAGAAAGGAGAAGGGAGGGUGGGAGAUGGACGUAACAGCAGAUGAUGAUGUGGAGGAUGCAGAUGAGGAGGAAGAGGAGGUGGUGAGCCAGUCAGCAUCCAGGAGUCGGGCCUGGCUCGACAUCGAGAGCGGACGGGAACAGGUGCACUGGUUGCCAUGGAGACCCGACACCAAGGCGGGUGAGACGGAGGAGGACUGCGAGGACCCGGACCGGCUGGUGCUGUUUGAUGACGUGACGGACUCGCUGUUCCCGCUGACCUCGCACGACCUCAGGCUGCAGCUCGUCUUACACUUCCUGCAGUUCCUGGGGGUCAGGACCGUACCAUUACACUCUUCUCACAGUUUCCACACACACCGACAUUCCAGACUGACCUUGGAGGAAAAGCAGUUCCUGUUCUCUGGCAGGGCUGCCCACCGCGGCCUGGGCUGGGUGCCUGUCUGUAGUGGCACUGACAGGAUUAACAGCUGGACGGAAGGCGAGGACCCGAAGCGGGGAGAGACGAAACUGCUGCGGAAGUUUGUGCAGAACGUGUUUGGCCAGGUGCUGCAGGUGUUCUCAGGUGCUGCGCGGCUGCAGCUGGUCCUGGCCUGGCUGCAGCACGAAGCUUCAGCUGUGCUGAGUCUGCAGCCCCAAUGGUGGUUCAUGGCGUUCGAGAUGCGUCAGGGAAACACCAAACAGGCCAAGGCUGUGUUCUACAGGGCACUGCAGAACUGUCCGUGGGCAAAGGUGCUGUACAUGGAUGCCGUGCAGUGGUUCCCGGGCGACCUUCAGGAUGUCCUUGACAUCAUGGUGGAGAAGGAGAUCCGAGUGAGGGCCCCGCUGGAGGAGGUGGAGCUACUGAUGGAGGAACAGCCUCCCCCGACCGGUGUGACGCACUGCGUGAGGUCCCUGCUGGAGACGGGGGUGCGGUCUCCUGCCGCUCGGGGCUGUGUGCUGAUGUGGAGGUGGUUCAUGGCGUUCGAGAUGCGUCAGGGAAACACCAAACAGGCCAAGGCUGUGUUCUACAGGGCACUGCAGAACUGUCCGUGGGCAAAGGUGCUGUACAUGGAUGCCGUGCAGUGGUUUCCGGGCGACCUUCAGGACGUCCUUGACAUCAUGGUGGAGAAGGAGAUCCGAGUGAGGGCCCCGCUGGAGGAGGUGGAGCUACUGAUGGAGGAACAGGUGCCAAUCACAGAGGGAGAGGGGCCAGAUGGAUAAGCAUUUACCUUUGGCAAUCAGAGACAUAGUGGUUUGUUCUGUUCUGUUUCGAUCAACCUGUAAACCACAUUAGGCCACACCAAUUCAAUUUCUUGGUUAACAGAUUUUUCUAGACAAAUAAUGGAGCGGAUGGGCGAAAAAAAGAUAAAAAUAAAAACAGGCCUCAGCACCCCUUCACCUAUUCUAAAGGCAGUUUGCAAUGAUCAGUGCAGUACUAAAUAAGUACAGGUAACAGAAAAGCGUAUGUAAAUUAAUUCAUCACAUCUGUUAUGUUACAUCAGUGUUUAUUUCACAAUGCCACACAUGCUGUUUCACACAGUUUGCAGCGUGAAAACAACAUCUGCAUAAAACAGAAUUUUUCUACGUUCCACAUCGGCAAGUGUUUUUGAAUUGUCAUCUCUUUUUUUACUCACAUUGAAAGUAGAUAUGUCCUAUUCCAACAUUGAUUCUACCUGUAGUAGAGUGCUAGCCUG